AUGCCACCAUGCCCGGUAUGCAACUUCUCAUCAAAAAAAACUCAAGUCUAUGGGAAAGUUUGUUACAAAUGCACAGUGUUUUUCAAUCGAAUGUCAAAAAAAGAAAAUAUCAGAGUGUGCAAAGGGAAUCAUAAUGAUUUUCCGGAUGAUACACGAUUCUGUCAAGGUUGCCGAUUCGAGAAGUGUUUGAAUGCUGGGAUGAUUUAUAAAGGUGUCGAAAGACCAUUGGACCCUCCCGAUUCUGACACAACUGCUUCAAAUCCAGAACUCCAAGACCUGCUCAACGUCCAAAGUAACCAAUGGGCACUUCAUGACAAAUAUGCACAAAGCAGAACUUUUUCCGACCCAGUGGAAAGCUUUGAAAUCGACGGAAAACAGUACAGACGAGUCGACCAAUCGGAUAUCAAUUUAUGCUUGCAUAUAGGAUUCAGAAACGCUAGUAGCUGGGCAAAUUUGUUCGAAUCGUUAAAAAACUUGAAGAUGCGAGACAAGAAAUUGAUUAUUGGAGAGUUUGGAAUCGCAUUUUUGUUGGUGGAUCAAGCAUACAAAAGUGCAUCAAUUACAGAUGACAAGACUUUUUGGUUCAUGCCAAAUUACACAUUUCUGUGUACGGAAUCUAAAGAGAGAGACCAAUCCAAAUUCGUCAACGAUUUGAUAGAAACUUUGAAAAUCCCAUUUUCAAAUCUUCAAAUCGAUAAUGUUGAAUGUGUCAUCCUGAAAGCGCUUCUCCUAUUCUCUCCGUCAUUUCCAAGACAUCCGAAAAUUCAAGAAUCUUCUGAAAUCGUGCAAGAGUUCAUGAGUCAUCUGAUGAGCUACUCCGUCGAAAAGUGUCCAGAAAAUGGAGACGUUCGAUUCGGAGAAAUCAUUUUGCUUCUUGGCUCGAUUCGGUGUGCCGUGAAAAGUUUAUACAAUCAAACUAGAAAGUCUGGAAGUUUCGAUAUUGGCAGUUUUGAUAAUUUUCUCAGAAGUUGUUUUUUGACCUAA